AUGGCGCCCCUCGCACACGCUUCCCGCACCUGCCUGCGGCAACUGGCGCGCACCAGCCCGUCAACGGCUGCGCGCGCGCUCAGCACCUCGGCCGCCCGGAACGACUCGACCGCCACGAGCUACUCGAGCCCCUUCAAGGGCGCCCAGAAGGGCAGCAGCAUCCCCGACUUCUCCAAGUACAUGAGCAAGGGCUCUGCCGGCACCAACCAGCUUUUCGGAUACUUCAUGGUCGGCACCAUGGGCGCCAUCACCGCCGCCGGCGCGAAGUCCACCGUCCAGGAAUUCCUCGUCAACAUGUCUGCUUCCGCCGACGUUUUGGCCAUGGCCAAGGUUGAGGUUGACCUCAGCACCAUCCCCGAGGGAAAGAACGUCAUCAUCAAAUGGAGAGGCAAGCCCGUCUUCAUCCGCCACCGCACCCAGUCCGAGAUCGACGAGGCCAACAAGGUCUCCGUUUCCUCCCUCCGUGACCCUCAGAAGGACGACGACCGUGUCAAGACCCCCGAGUGGCUCAUCAUGUUGGGUGUCUGCACACACUUGGGAUGUGUCCCCAUUGGUGAGGCCGGCGACUACGGCGGUUGGUUCUGCCCUUGCCACGGCUCCCACUACGAUAUCUCCGGCCGUAUCAGAAAGGGACCCGCUCCCCUCAACCUCGAAAUCCCCGAGUAUGAAUUCCCCGAGGACGGCAAGCUGGUCAUUGGUUAA